AAUGUAUUUUUUAAAGUUUUAGUAUUUAAAAUGUAUAUCUAGUUCAAAAGUCAAAGUUGUGUUACAAAGGUAUGUUCAUAGUCCUUCCAUUGCUGUCUCCUGUACCAUUCCCAUGGUGCCCCCUUUUUAUUUCUGGUUUAUUCUUCCAGUGUUUCAUUUUUGCAAAUAGAAGCACGGACACAUAUUUUUAUUUCCUUUUUGUUUUUAAACAGAUGGUAGAACUCAACACUGUUCUUUUUUACUUAAUAUAUUUUGGAGAUUGUUUUAUAUAAGCUUUUUUCCAUUCUUUUGUGCUUGUAGUUUCCUAAUGAUGAACAUAGAUUGUUUAUAUUCUAUUGCUGUUAUAAAUGUUGCUGCGGGGAAUAACCUUGUGGAUAUGUUUUUUUGUAUUUGUGCACGUUUAGCUUUAACACAGUGAGAUUCGUGGGUAAAAGAUAACUGUGUUUGAAAUUUGUUUAGUGUAAAAAAAUUAGAGUUUAAAAAGGUGGAUCUCAUUAUGUCACCCUUUUACUUAAAGCUCUCAAUGGCUUUAAGUACUGAACUUAGUAACAUGAUCUCAAGGGCAUACAUAAUUUUUAUCCUUUGGCGCCUCAGCCUCACCUUACACCACAUCUGCCCUUGUUUUCCUUGCGUUUGUCAUCCUCCUGUGCCUAGCACCUUCUCCACAGGGCAUGCGGCACUGGUUCUGUUUCCUCUGCCUGGAAUGUUUUGUUUUUUGGUCCUGUUUCAGUUCUUCCCAGCCUUCCCUUAGAGUUUGUCUCCAGCAUCAGUUUUUCAUGAGAUUCUUUCUGCGUGAGUUUGCAGAUUUUCAUGAUAAAGAGAAUGGUCUAAAGAACUUUGUAUAUCCGUCACACACUACAGCAGCCAUCAAUUUUCUGAAGUUCUUGAGUUUUUUCUUGACUUCCCUGCAGUCAAAUUCUCCUGUUAGAGACACUGCUGUCCUUACCGUUACUUCAAAAUUACAACGUAAAUUAAUGUAACUUAGUGAAUUUUCAUUUUCUCUAGGAGGUUGAGCUUCAUGAAAGCAGAGACUCUUCCUGUUUUUGCCUAUAAUUACUUUUCUAAUUCUCAGCUCGGUGCCUGGGUUGUUGAGUGCUCAAACCCUCCUGGGCAGUUGUCUAAGGAGAGAGAUGGAUGCUGUGUAGUUAUGUCUGGUCUGCUGUAUGGGACAAACUGAAAGUUGCGUCCGUUCGCUUGCCUCUGACUUUGGUCUUGGAGCUGACCACACACACGGUCAGGAGGUAGGACUCUCAGGGAGCCUGGGGAAAAGAUGGGCCAGUGCAGCAGCCUUGCAAGGCCAGCCCUGCCUGGCGCAGUGAGGGGACCCAGAAGGCCCGCGGAUGCAGGCUGCACAUGUGCUGCCACACGUGCUGCCCCCUCCGCCCGCUGUACCAGAGCCCCCUUGUGGCCCAAACCAGAACCAACCGGGAAAGGACGUUCUGGGGAAUUGGUUCCAUCUAGCCAAGUUAAAACAUUACAAAGCGAAAUGAUGAGCUCAGGGUUUUAAAUGCCAACUGGGGUUCCACAUAAGGGACCUGAAAGUUUCUGCGACUGCCCUAAAAAAUGCAAAUUGAAUUCCCAAUUUGUAAGCAAGAGCAUUGAUUGAUAAGGAGUGGAAUUGUAAAAAUUGGAUUAGGAAACGUAUGGUCAGAUUCCAGUUAAGCUGGAGACCUAAAUUCUGCUGUGCUACCUUUGCCAGUAGACACAGCUUUUCCAACCCCUGCGUGAGGAACUUAAUCUCCUUUGCGUGGCAAACCUGUAAUUGCCUACUCUUCCCCAAGGAUCGUCCCAGCGGGCCCCAAAGUAGGAGGUAUAGAGAGUGUGUCUCAUGAGAUCCAAAAGAUCGUCUGGUUUGCCACUGUAUAGGUAGGACCUGGGGGAUAUUUGUGGGAAUGGAUCUUAAGGGUGUUUGAUAGUGGUGGAAGGGACACGAAGGUGGGUUAGGCUGAAUUUGUUGAUAUGGGCUUAUAAGUGGGCAUUCUGGAUCAGUUUUAUAGCUCAAGGGAUUAGAGUGCUGGUUGAUUGCCUUAAACAAAUCAAAGGCCGUCUGUCUAAGCAAAGCUGAGAUGACAGAACUGUCUUGGUAUAUAAUGGAGGAAGGCUUAGGGAGAUUGGAAUGUUGGAGUGGCUUUGUUGUGAAAGACCUGCUCACCCAUCCUGGGAGGAUUCAGAGGUUAUGCCUUAUAUUGCAGUUGCAAAGGGAGCCCCAGUAUCCUACAGAGCUCUGGUCACUCUUCUCAGUGGGAACUGCAGGAUCCGUAAAUGCAGUGAUGAUAGUUGGCUCCUGGGGUGGCAUGUCUGUGGAAUGGUCUUGUUUUCUUUUCUUUUAUUAUUUUUUUUAAAGCCUUUUUUAUUUAUUUGAGAGAGAGCGUGAGUGGGGUGAGGGGCAGAAGAAGCAGACUCCCCGCUGAGCAGGAUCAUAACCUGAGCCAAAGGCAGACGCUUAACCACCCAAGUGUCCCAUAUUAUUUUUUUUAAAGAUCUAUUUAUUUUUCUAGACAGAGCGAGCGAGCAAGCAGGGGGAGAGGGAGAGACAAUCUCCAGCAGACUCCCCCCCCCCCCCCCCCAGCUGAUCAUGGAGCCCAACAUGGGGCUGCAUCCUGCGACCCUGAGAUCAUGACCUGAGCUGAAAUCAAGAGUUGGACGGCUCAACUGCCUUGAGCCACCCAGAGAGAAAGAGCACAAGCAGGGGGAGUAGCAGGCAGAGGGAGAAGCAGAGACUCCCCACUGAGCAAGGAACCUGAUGUGGGACUGGAUUCGAGGACCUGGGAUCAUGACCUGAGCUGAAGGCAGAUGCUUAACUGACAGAGCCACCCAGGCAGCCCACUUUUCAUAAUUUCUAAGAGUCCUUAUGAUUUCACAUGUUUUUGCUGAACUUGUAAAAGAGGCACUUGGAUGAUGGAUUAACAAGAACAUUGAGAUUCUGUGAAAAGUUUCAAAUCGGAGAGUAUUCAAUUUUCACCCUAGUCCAGCAGCUGUGCUGCUCACUUAAAUACAGAUGAAUGAAGACCCCAUUCGGGAAGACACCUGGCCAGCGGUCCAGAGCGGAUGCAGUCAGUUUGGGAGGUUUUCUUUACAUUUCCUGAGAUCCGAGGUGGACCCUCCAGAGAGGCACAGAGGAGAGGUUUUCACAUUUCCUGAGAUCCGAGGUGGAUCUUCCCGGGGCACCGAGGAGAGGUUUUCUUCACAUUUCCUCAGAUCUGAGGUGGAUCCCCCAACGAUGCACAGAGGAGUUGGCUGGAAGCUGCAUGUGCCAUGCUGGUGUGUCUGCAAGCAUGAUGAAGAAAAGGACUUCCCACAAAAAACAUCGGAGCAGUGUGGGGCCGAGCAAACCUGUUUCCCAGCCCCGGCGGAACAUCGUAGGCUGCAGGAUUCAGCAUGGGUGGAAGGAGGGGAGUGGCCCUGUCACCCAGUGGAAAGGAACCGUUCUGGACCAGGUGCCUGUAAAUCCUUCUUUGUAUCUUAUAAAAUACGAUGGAUUUGACUGUGUUUAUGGACUAGAACUUAAUAAAGAUGAAAGAGUUUCUGCGCUCGAAGUCCUCCCUGAUAGAGUUGCGACCUCUCGAAUCAGCGAUGCACACCUGGCCGACACGAUGAUCGGCAAGGCGGUAGAGCACAUGUUUGAGACGGAGGACGGCUCGAAGGACGAGUGGAGGGGGAUGGUCCUAGCACGUGCCCCCAUCAUGAACACAUGGUUCUACAUCACCUACGAGAAGGACCCUGUCUUGUACAUGUACCAGCUCUUAGAUGAUUAUAAAGAAGGCGACCUUCGCAUUAUGCCCGAUUCUAAUGAUUCUCCUCCAGCAGAAAGGGAACCGGGAGAAGUUGUGGACAGCCUGGUAGGCAAACAGGUGGAAUAUGCCAAAGAGGACGGCUCUAAAAGGACUGGCAUGGUCAUUCAUCAAGUGGAGGCCAAACCGUCUGUCUAUUUCAUCAAGUUUGAUGACGAUUUCCAUAUUUAUGUCUACGAUUUGGUGAAAACAUCCUAGAUGUCAUCAUGAACUUGGCCAAAUUUGUGGAACUAUUAAAUGUAUAAUUUGUAGACAUAAAGACUUGAUUGCUUUCCAGUUUAAUGAAAGCUUAAAUGUCCCUGCGAACCCACAAUCUCUGCCAGCAGAACUGGUUUUGUUCUGAAUAGUACAGAUUUAUGUGAACACAAAGCAUUUUGUGUAAGGAACUCCUUCCUCUUACGAGAAGUCUCUGUGUCUGGAGGGGAGUUAGGGCAAGUUUGGUAAAGUUAAGCUAGCGUCGCGGUCGUGUAGACUGGACUGGAUCGCCCCCAGCUCCCCGGCACUGUAGUUCUCCCCGUCUGCUGCCACACUGCAAGCUUAGUCUGGUACUGUCGGUACCGCCUUCUUUGUUGAGACGUAUGCACCCCGCUCUCCCUGUCCACAUCUGUGUGUGUCCAUAAGCACCACACACACACACACACGCGCACAUGCACGCACACAUACUUCCUUGGCAGUCCGUUCUCUGUGGAUUGGGGCGGGGGUUCAGUAAUACUCUCCAGUCAGCAGGAGUGCUUGUCCUGAGUCAGUCCGAUUUCGUAUAUUACUGCUGUUUAUUUAAAAGUAAAUGUGGGCACAGGAGACACAUAGGGACGUGCGGCGUGUUUUGGAAGUCAGAAGUUCAGACACCUUUUUAGUCUGGAGGCAUUAAACCAUGAGUCCAAAUAGGAAUCAUUUGUGAACAGUUGCUGGACCCACAUUAGAAUUUAACAAAACAGUUAGGAAUCUGGGUAAAAAGCUGCCUUUAAUUUCUAAGCUUUGUAAAUUUUUGUCUACAUUUUUUAUCCUAAGUACUUCUUUUGUUUUAAAGCAAAGCCCAGGUACUUGGUCCACAUGGUGUGAUGCUGGUGUGUCCUGGACGGCACAACUGCUCUGUUGAUUUGUCCAUCGCAGUCUGGAUUCUAGUGCGUGGGUUUGAGAGGCAACCGUGCAUCAGUGUUUGUGUGUAUGUGGGAAGUUCCUGGCAGAACCCAGUGCUUUGGUAUUAGAAAUACAAGUUUGGGAGUGGCGUUGCUGCCUUCUGACAAGUUCUCUGGGACACUCUUAUUUUUAUUACUGUUCUUACUGAUACAAGGUUGUGGUCAGAAGGCUUUUCCCCACAGAGAAUAUCUAGACACGUAACAGCCUGCAUCCCCUGACACCUUCUGUGGUGCUGGGCGGUCUCGGCUCCCCGUGUGCUGCUGACGUGGACUCUUCCGUCAUCGCGCUAGCUUCUGGGUGUGACUGUGGCCCUGGGCCACGCAGCGCUUUCGUGGCUUGCUCCUGCGAGGUUGUUUUGACCGAAAUAGAACCAUAGACGUGGUUGGGGUGGUGGCGACGUGGCCAUCUGUCACUUUGUUUUGGAUGAGUCCUGAUGGUUUGAAAGCCACAGAGCGGCAGGACGGGGAUCCAGUCUCUCGUGGAGACGGGAAAGCUUGCCUCAGUGUCGGGCAGAAGGCUGGAUGCGCACGUCGUCAGCCAACUACCAGCAGUCCGUGUGGCCUCUGUCGUGGCUGUGCUCAGUAUUGGAGAUUCUGUCGUUGGUGACCUCCCUGCGCGUGGUCCGAGUGGUGCCCCGCUUCGCCUCCGGAAGGCUGUGCACGGUCAUGCUGUCGGAUGGUGACCUCGCGCUCGGGAAGUGCAGCGCCUCACCUCGGGCGGCAGGGGGAGCUUGUCCGGCUCUGCGCUCCCCCCGCGGUGAGUGCUGGUCUCACGCUGCUCCUGCUCGAACAGGCGGCGUGCCGCACGUCUGUCUGGCUCUGGUCAGGGCCCCUGCAUGCCAGUCUCCAGGCUGAGCCCGGCUCCCCGAGCGCAGGCGAAUGCGUGUGCCCCGAGAGUGGGGGCGUCUGGCAUGUGCUCUGUGCGAACGUGGCGCAGUGCUUCGGACUGAAAACCAGUGUUCUUUGGAAGUAUCCUGAGGGUUGGGCAGUGGAAACCUCUGCAGCCUCGCUCAAUGACUUGCGUUGUGGUUUUCCUGCGAGUUCCUUUAGCACCUUCAACACCACAUGGUCUGCCACUCUCCAGGUGAAUGUGACACCUUACGAUCACCAUUAUUUUCAUCACUGUUCCAUCUGUUGCCUUUAGGGCGGAAGGAAGGGGAAGGGGCUUUUUGUUGUUUUCCUUUUUCCCCCUGUUCUCUUUUCUUUUGGUGGCUUAACCCACACUUGCGCGGUGACUGAUUCCACUCCCUCGCCCGGUACUUCAGGCUUCGUUCUAGGCUCACGUUUCAGAUCUGCAUGCAUUGCUUGCCUUUUCCUGGUAUCAGAAUGUUGGUUCCUUGUUCGAGGAGCCCAACAUGAGUUUCCAAAAUUACCAUGGGUCUUGUGAGUGCACAAGCCCUGAACCUGUAUAAAAUGUCCCGGCCUUUCUCACUGACCUGCUGUCGUGUUCCCGUGUUGUGUGCGUGUGACGUCCGGCUGCCACGUGAAGCUUCCGAGGAGAACCUUAAACGCAGACCAUCCUUUUUUGCAUGCUCUAUUCUAAGUAGGAUGUUCAAUGUAACUAACUGAACUUGCAUGUGAAAGAUAUUUAGGUUUUUUGUUUUCUAUCUUUGUUUUUAUUUGUUUUCAGUUCUCUGUAUAUUGCUUCCUGUGCCGUUGUAGUGGUCGUAGGAUGAAAAUGCGCUGGUGGCCCCACGCAGUGCCGGCAGAGGGUGGUUCCCCAGCUCUGUCUGUCGUGCAGCAUUUGAAGGGACUGUGCAUGCUCGAAGCGCUCGCAGUCACCUCUAAGCCAGAGUUCAUUCCUGUUCCUCUUUUACGUGCCAAACCCCGAAGUGCAUUGGGCUCGAAUCUCUGAGCGCUCUGGACCCAUUAGAAGACUGUUCUGAUUGUCACAAAUUGUAGUGCCUGAAAACACGCGUAAGCUGAUUGUCUUAAAAAAAAAGAAAGAAAGAAAGAAAGUUCUCCAAAGACAAAACAGGAACAAUUAUUAUAACAAAUAAUUAUGGUCGAAAUGUCUGUGGUUCCUUGGAAAUGCUGCGCUUUUUGUAUUUCCACCAUUAGUGUGGUGUGAGCGGAUGUGUAUAGUUCAGAGGUCUUCGUGUUCGCAUCUUACAAUUAGGUAAAUGACCUCAUCUUUCAGGCUUGAAUUCAUUUUUAAUUUUAAUUUUAUUUUAUACAAUGUGUAGACCGUUCCCUGUUCUCUGCAUUUAGAAGUAUAAACAAUAUAAAUCUGUUAAUUCUGUAAGUAAUUUUUAUAAUUAUGAUGUAACUCUAUCCUAUCCUUAAAACAUUUAAAAUAAACCCUUUAUGUGCAA